AUGAUUGAAGUUGAACCAAUGAAACCCGUUCGCAUUAUUUGUGAACUCAAGGCUACACCAAAUGAUGCUGUUGAUGAUGAUCAGAACAAUAACACAGAGCAGAAAAAUCCAAAGGAUGAAUUUGGUUAUCCAAAGACAAGCCUUGAAUAUAUUACAAAAUAUUAUCAAGAUCAUCCGGAGGAGAGCAGCAAUCCAGAGAAUUUUGCAAUUAUUGUCGGAUCCGAUAAUUAUGAUGGUACUCAUGUCAAGGCGAUGAUAUUUGAUCUUGAAAAGUAUAACAUUAAAGAUGUUAUUGCUAUGGAAACUACAGUAAUAUUUCUGGCAAAGAAUGGAGUUUGCUAUUGUUUAUUAUAUGAAGAAAGCAAUUAUUGGACUCAUAGAUUGAACAAUGCUAACGAGAUUAAUGGAGAAAUUGCAUAUGCAGCUACAUUUUCGUUGGAAGAUCCUGUAGAGAGAGUCAUAGCAAGAGAAGGUGUCAUGUUUAUUACAAAAUCAGGAAGAUUGAUUUAUUGGAAUAGGAGUGACAAUUUGGAGUUUGAACCGGCCCAGUUUGAUUAUGAAAAAAUUGUUGACAUUGCAUUAGGUGAUGGUCACACUUUAUUCCUAUCAGAAAAUGGUAACUUAUAUGGAUAUGGAAGCAAUACUGCUGGUCAAUUAGGUAAUGACAUCUCUCACAAAUCACAUCAUGUAAAAUUUAAUAUUUCACACAUACCUGACCGUAUUGUAAAGGUUUACGCUACCUACAAUACAACUCUAGUUUUAACUGAAUCAGGUCAUGUAUACUCAUGUGGAGAUAGCUCAUAUGGAGCUCACGGACAUGCUAAUUAUACUGAAGGAGGAGGACUUUGCAAAAUUGAUUUUCCACACAGGGUUGUGGAUAUUUUCCCUGGUCUGUUCUUUGUGGCACUAAAAACUAUUCAAGACGAGUAUUAUGUAUUUGGCUAUAACAACAUGUCACAAUUUGGACAGUCACAUACUAUUGAAGAAAGAAUUAAUGGACCUCAUUAUUUAGAUACAUUCCAACAAGAAAAUAUAGAAAGAUUGUCAUGUGGAGGUUAUCAUUCAUUAAUUGUUACAAAGGAUCAGAGAGUAUACAUUGCUGGAUGGCCAAUCGCACAUGAUUGUUUUCCUUCCAAGGAAAAAACAUAUCAUUUUGUCGAUGUGAAUGCAAUUCUUGGAAGAAAAAUACCACUUCCUUCAUAUACCGAAUUAUAUGCCACAACUGGACUAUACUAUAUAUUGAUACAAUCAAAGUCAAAAUCUACAAAUAGGUUUAAUUUCAAAAAGAGUUACAAAAUUUGUGACAUUUCAUUCAAUUUUGAAACAAAUACCAUAGAACCAUAUCCUGCAUUCAUGAACGAUGAAUAUCAUUAG